CCUGUGAAGCUGUCCUUUCCGGGUAACUAUCUCCACGGGUUCGGAGUCCCUUCUCGUGUCCUGUAACGUGACGCAGAAGAACUUUACGAAAUCAAUGAAGUAGAUUGCGUGUUCCGUGGGAUUGAUCACAAAUUCUACAAACGCUCUCAUCAUUUCUCAAAAUCAUGCGUAUUUGGAACUCCGAACACACGUUCAACCACAGUUGGGAAACUGUGGUGACGGCAGCAUGGAGGAAAUACCCAAACCCACACAACCCUUCAGUCACAGGAUUAGAUGUAGUAGACCGGACAGUAGACAGUGAAGGCAGGUUAAAGUCCCACAGACUUAUGACAACGAAUUGGGGAAUUCCAGGAUGGGUUGCCAAGUUGAUAGGCAUUCAGGAAGUUUGUUAUGCAAGUGAACAUUCCAUAGUUGAUCCAGAAUCAAAAUCCUUCUCCGUCAAAGCAAGAAAUGUUACGUUAGCAAAUGUCCUUCAAGUAGAUGAGCAGCUGGUUUACACUCAGCAUCCUACUGAUCCUGAAAAAACACUCCUGAGACAGGAAGCCACAGUUACUGUAUCUGGUCUACCUCUUUGUAGUAAACUGGAACAAAUGGUCACAGAUUCUAUGAAAAAUAAUGCAGGCAAAGGACGACAAGCAAUGGAAUGGGUAAUCGACACAGUGAAGAAGGAGGCCAAAGAGUUAACAGCGGAAGCUCAGAAAUGCAUGGACAAUGUGCUGCCCAAGUCUUUAUGAUACUAGUUAUAAUUUAGAAUACAUAGAGAAUCAUUGUGCUGUUACGCAACAACAACAACAAGAACAAUCCAAUCAUCCUCGGGUGAGUGUAGAGACAAGAAGUUAGGGUAACUGUUCCGAAUGUUCAUUGUCGUGAGAUGUCUGUUGUUGUUUUCUCUGCUGACAUGGACUGGACCAUGGCAUGCAUGUACUCCAUGACAAGACUUUUUGAUUGGCUAUGACUUUGCGGAAGCUUGGUUGUUAAGCUAAGUUACGCCAGAUUAAACGAACAUCCCUCCAACAGUUUCAGACAUACUGGAUUUCGAUAACUGAAUGAAUGGGAUUCUUUUUCCUUUUUUUUAAUGAUUUGUGAGAAAGCAAAUAUGUAAAUAAAUGGUGUGUAAAAUUUGAAAUAAGUUAUUUUUGUGAAAUGCUUAAAAACCAAAGUUCAUUUGCUAAAAUAUAUUUGAUCUUCUUACGUUCCAACAUGCACAGCUUUAUGUAUUUCAGUAAUGAAAAGGUAGAUUUCUAGAGCAAGAACACACAUUUUUAGCAAGUCAUUAUGAAGAAAAACAGAUUUUGAAAAGGAGCUUGUGCAUAUAGUUGACUCUCUUCAAAUUUUGUGUGUGCAGAAACUGGUUCAGCAACAGUUUUGAAAAUGCACAUUAAAAAAAUUAUUGGAGUGAAAUUUCAUGAGGUAUUUUUCUGUGAUAGCCGUUAUGUUGUUUCCUCCAGUCCAGCUAAAGCUACAAUGUGAUAUAUUCAUUAUCAGUCUUUGUCUUUGUUUGUUUGCCCUGAGACAUGAAACAAACUUCUGUUUGUGUCACUGAAAAACAAAUGGGGGAGGGGUGGUUCUUUUUUUUCCUUUUUUUUUUUAGGAUACAAGUGAAGAUAACAAAAAUUGUUUUCUUUAAAUUUGGAAGUACACAGAAUUUUAAUUAAUUCUUAAAAACCAAACUUCUGUCCAUACCUCUCCCCCAUGUCAAAGUUGGACUAUCAUUAUGGUUUAAUAACUAUUCUGAUUGAAGCGUCCCGCUGUCAUUUCCAAAAGCUAAGUAAUGCAAUAUGGAAGAAGAAAGAGGAGAUCUGUCAGAAUUGCACAAGGUCGUUCAAUAUUCCACAGUCUCGUUUCGAAGAUUGUGACUCUUUGACAUAAUAUUUACAAAACCCUAUAGGGUUUCGAUAUAUUUUAUGUUUGUUUUGAUAUGUUUUGAAGCACUAUUGCCCAGAAAAUGUGCAGGCUCUCGAGUUUUGUAUCCGCAAAUAUUUUGCUGUUUGGGCAGUACUUUUUUCUUUUCUGAGUUUGUAGAAUAUUACUGUCGGACUAGAAAAAUUGAACUGGUGGUAAAUUGUGUUUUGCUUUUUGGCUACUUAUCUUAUAUUUUUAGGCUCAGCCACACAUAGUUCUGUUUGGUGGAGACUUUGCACACAUUGGUAAUAUUGUAUUGUUUCUGGGACUGAUAGAUCUGUCUGCCUUUGAAACCAUACAGUAGCAAUUUGUGCAGUGCUGUAGAAUAAGCUUCUCAUUUAUCCCCCAUUUUUUUAAAAGUUCCACCAUGAUGUUUCUUAAGAAAUUGACAGUUUACUGACACCCCAUAUUGUGGUGAAGUUUCCAAAAUGUAUGUGUUAUUUGUUAGACUAGUCUUAAGGGUAGAGCAUACUUGUUUUGUUUUGUUUUUCUGUCUUAAUUUCAAUGCUUUAUAGUGCCAUUCAGAUGUGCUUAUGACAUAGAAGAAAAAGAAAAUUAUUGUCAAGUAGUUUAAUGUUAUUCUAUUGUUUUACUAUCAGUACCAAUAUUUAGUUAAAAGUGUACUAUUCUGUUCUAUGUAUGCAUAAUUGUUUUAGGUUGAAGAAAUUUAGACGUAUUUACAUCUUGAUGUGAUUUUUUUUUUCUUUUUUAAAGACCAAGAAGCCCCGGAGCCUUUGACUUGGGGUGCUUUUCUCUUGCUUCUGCUACAGAUUUUUUUUUUUAAAGAGCAUUUCAAAGCUACAUCCUUCCUAUGCACUGGUUGUUUCGCUUGUGAAACGCAAGCGACUCGGCUAAUCAAUGCAUCUUGUGUUUGCUGUUGUGUCAAGAGGUCAGAGUAAUUACAUAUCUUGAAUUGAGCUGAAGUUUUUGUAUGUGUGUGUGUGGACAUGUCUAUCGAGCUAGGGCCAAGGAUGAGAGCUCCACUGUUUCCUCUUUGUUGCCAUCGGUGUAUUAUCACUUGUUGCACUUGUGCCUUUCAAACUGUGCUGAGACACUUAAUAGAUGUGUUGAGCAGGAGGGAAAUUUCAGAGUUGAAGUGUAUGAGUUAGAUAUAGGGGGAUAAUCCUCCCUCUUCAUGCACUUUGAAGAGGGAUACAGUUACAAAAGUAAACUAGCCAAGCAGGCUCUAGUACUAGAAUUUGUGUUUAUUUGAACAAGAAAGUCCAGAAGAUUGCUUCCUUUCUUUGCUGGUAUAGUUUCUCUGGACUUGCUUCAUUUCUUUGCUGGUAUAGUUUCUCUGGACUUGCUUCAUUUCUUUGCUGGUAUAGUUUCAUGUUUGUGAAAAGAUAAAAAGGGAGAAAAAAGAUCCUGCUCUUUUUUUUUCCCUUACACAACUUGUUCUAUUUUGUGCACAAAAUUGGCUUUAAACAUGUGAGCAAAUUCAGCUACCCCAGUUGCCUGAAUUCAUUUUACUUUCUUCUUUGUAAGGAACAAAAUCAGAAAUCCUGCCAUGGUUUGUGAUGUCAUCAUUAACCUUUUUAUUAAUUUUUUUUUUUGGUAUCAAGUUUCUCUGUCAAAAAGGGCAGCAAGAACUUUGACAGCAUUACUAGUUCACAGUACCCUGCUCAAUGCAACUCAGUCACUUAUGUAUUAUCUACUAUGUUUGUAUUUCUAGUACAGUACAUCUUUUGGAGGAGGGGAGCAAUAAUAAAACUCUUCCAGUCAUAUGGCACACUGUUUCAACACAUUGGGUAUUGUUUCACUGUCGUGACACAAAUAGAUAUCCGUUGAAACAUGAAACACGCUGCACCCAGCAGAAGCAAACCUAUUCGACCACUCGUUUUUGUGUUAAAUAAUGUUUGGAUCCAUGCUGAUUAAACGUAGUAAAGAUAUGCUGAAAGUCUGGUCAUGAAAUAAUAAUGUACCAUAGGGCAAGUAUUUGCUGGUAACAAAUAAAGAUCUCAAUUUUCCUA